AAAUCUCUCUGAUAUUAUAAAGGCUCGCCUGCACAAAACCUUCGAUUAGGGUUUAAGUCUUCCUCAUAACAAAAGUUGCCGCUUCGAUUCCUAGGAGUUCAUCGUCGUCUAGCUGAAAUGGGUUUCUGGGGACUUGAAGUGAAACCUGGGAAACCUCAACCUUACAAUCCCAAAAACGAACAAGGAAAGAUUCACGUCACACAGGCAACACUAGGUUCUGGUUUUGCCAAAGAGAAGAGUGUGAUUCAGUGUUCCAUAGGAGACAAGGCUCCUGUUUUCUUGUGCUCACUGUUGCCAAACAAGAUUGAAUGCUGCCCUCUGAAUCUCGAGUUUGACGAUGAUGAUGAGCCUAUCGAGUUCUCUGUGACUGGUGACAGAAGUAUUUACCUGUCUGGAUUCUUGGAGUAUUAUGAUGAGGAUGAGGAUCAAGAUGAUUAUGAGGAGGAUGAAGAUGAUGGUUCAGAUGGUGUUGAAAUCGGUGAAUCUGAGUCGGACUAUUCAUGUGAAUAUGAUAGUGAAGAGGAUCAGUUGGAUAAAUUUGAAGACUUCCUUGAUACCAGUCUUGAAAUGUAUCGGAAUGCUUCUGCCCCAAAGAGUGGAGUUGUAAUUGAGGAGAUUGAAGAUGAAGAGAAACCUGCCAAAGAUAGUAAGACAAAACGAACCAAGAAGAGUCAAGCUAGCGAAGCUGAGAAUGCAAAGAAACAAAUCGUCCCCGUUGAGAGUGCCCAUGUUCCAGUUCUGGAAAGCGAAGAUGAGGAUGAAGACGGUUUACCUAUUCCCAAAGGAGAAGCAUCUGAACCAGAGAAUAAGUCGGGUGAGAAGAUGGACUUAGAUAAUGAAGAACAAGGUAGCAACAAGAAAAGGAAGGCCAAGGCUCCUGAGCAAGAUGGUGGACUAGAAAGUGGAAACAAGAGCAAAAAGAAGAAAAAUCAGAAAGAAAAGAAGAAAGAGGAAAAUGCCUCAGAGGCUGAUGAACAAGUUCAGACUGGAAAUGUGCUCAAAAAGCAGGAAACAAGCCAAGUUUCUCAGGGUGAAAGCUCCCAGACCCCAACUAAAUCUGCUGAGAAGAAAAACAAGAAGAAGAAAAAGAACUCAAGUCAGGAAGCUACUACGGAGAAUAACACCAUUUCUAGUAGUGCUGAGAAGCAAACCCAAGUGGACUCCAAGUCUUCUCAAGUACGGACACACCCAAAUGGGCUCAAAAUUGAAGAGUUGAGCAUGGGCAAGCCAAACGGAAAGAGAGCUGAUCCUGGAAAACAGGUUUUUGUCCGCUAUAUUGGAAAGCUUCAAAAGAAUGGGAAGAUUUUCGAUUCCAACAUUGGAAAAUCACCUUUUAAGUUCCGUCUAGGUGUUGGACAAGUCAUUAAGGGAUGGGAUGUUGGCGUUAAUGGCAUGCGUGUUGGUGACAAAAGAAGGCUUACAAUUCCUCCAUCAAUGGGGUAUGGUACGAAAGGUUCUGCUCCUCAGAUUCCUCCUAACGCUUGGCUGUCGUUUGAAGUCGAACUGGUUAAUGUUCAAUAAAACUUCCUUGAAUUCAUAGAAACCUUUCAAAGAUUGAAUCCAUGAUGGGAGAUAUGUGAAAGGCGUUGUAGCUGCCAAAGAAUGAAUCUUUUCUCUCUAACUCUUGCUCUUUUUAAAAUGAUUUGUGGUUUCCAUCAGACAAUAACAUUUGUUACAAGUUUUGGUGUUCUGUUUCCUUGCUUCAUUGUUUUCCUAUUCCAGAUAUCUUUUCCCGACCUAUUUACAAUUGUGUAAAAACCAUAACUGGAAUCGUAUCAGACUGGUUCCAUACUAGAUCUGAUUUUUACUA